AUGGCGGAGCAGGACGAGACAGAUGCUGCCACGGUUGGCCGGGAUCCGGUGAGGGGCGCUGUUUCUUUGAUGCGUCUCCCAAACGAGCUCCUACUCGCAGUCAGCAACCUGCUCGAAAUCGGCGACCUAUUUCGGCUGGCUCGAGCCUCUCGUUUCUUCCAUCGGCUUCUGGUCGACACUCUCUAUCGGAGGGACGCCGCACAGAGAGCGUUUGAUGAGAACUCUUGCUCCUGUUGCUCGAGAGCACUUCGUUGGGGCUGCCUCACUAGCAGUGUCGGCACCCUGCGGCGCGCCUUAGCGGCACCCGGUGCAGACUUGAGCCGCAGCUGGCCGCACACGUUUGCCAUGGCGCUCGACACCACGUGCCCCAGCCCGCUGACCACACUCGACUGUCUCCUCAACCAUGGUGCAUUCGCCAGCGUGCCAGUGUUCCGUGGCCUCCACGGCAAGCCCCUCGACGACGCUCCGUCCUCGUACAGAAACACGUUCUGGCCUCUUCUCGCAGACAUCCUUGACGCGGCCGCGCUGCCGCCGCGGUGGUGCCCCGUGCCCGUCGUGGCCUGCUUCCUGGCACACGGUGCCACACUGGCACUGGGCAGCGAGUACGACCAGAAUGGCGCUGCUGGCCUGUCUCACACUGUGUCUGCAACAUGGAGCCAUGUGUUGGGUCUCGUGCAGGUGCGCGGGCCACGGCGAUGGACAUGGCCUCACGCGGACUCGCCCGAGCUGCGGCACGACCACUGCCUCCACGACGCGGUGUCCUGCAACGUGGCCUUAACACGGCUCUUGCUACAGCAGGGCCAUGCUGAUCCCAACAUGGCUUUUGGUGGCCGGCAUCCCGGCCGACGCAGGGACAAUGCGACAGGCUCACCAACAGACUCGCUGCUGUUGCGCGCCAUUGCCGAUCCGCGACGGCCGAUAGAGCUGCUGCAGUGCCUGACCGAUGCGGGUGCAGACUUGAAGCGGCUGUGCCAUCUGCACGGCAGUGAGAAGGACAGUGAGCGGCAAAGCCAAGAUCGUCCGCCUCUUCACGCUAUUCUCGAAGACGCUGUCCGUCUUCGAUCACUAGCUGCUUAUCCACGCCGCCAGCACUGGGACUGUUAUCCGAGGCAUGUCCGGUACCCCAAGGCUGAGGUGAUCCUGCGUUUCCUCCUGGCACGGGAGCUACAAUUUGGUGGCAAUCGAUUCCAUCGCGAGUCUUGUCGGGGCGGACGAGAAGGCCGUGCUAAAGCACGGACGAUGUGGCUCCUUGACCGCUGGGACAGCCGAUGGCAGCGUUUCUGUAAGCGGCCCAGCAGAAGACGGAAUACGGUGUGA